UGGUAUCCUUUAGUUCCUCAUGCAAUGUGGUUUGGCUUGAUCUUUCCUGGUGGAUGGUACUUAUAUAUGUAUGUUCACUGACCAAAUGCAGGUAAAACUCUGGGAUCUGUCCAAUAACCAGCCUUCAUGUAUUGCUUCGAGAAAUCCAAAAGCUGGUGCUGUCUUUUCUGUUUCCUUCUCGGAGGAUAGUCCCUUUGUACUUGCUAUUGGAGGUUCAAAGGGGAGACUUGAAGUGUGGGAUACAUUAUCUGAUGCAGCUGUAUCCCGAAGAUUUGGAAACCACAGCAAACCGAAAAUGGCAGAACCUGGUUCUUGAUGCUGCCAAAUGAGAACAUGGUAUAAAUGUCUUAGAUCUCCUCAAUGUCGGCCUUGCUCAGUUCUUAGGGCGCAUUGAAACGCCUGAAGUCAGGGUUAGCUCUGCGAGUCGAGUCCUGUUCUUGUAGCAGCGUGUUAUUUAGCAUUUUAAGUGUCUUUGUCUUAUUUUUGGGUUUCGAGAAGGAAAUAAGAAAGUGUUUUUCUUUCUUGGGUGGGUGGGGGUUUCGGGUUGGGGUUUCCGCUAGUAUGCGAGAGCAUCACAAGGAAAAGCUCCCGGGGAAAAGUGUUAUACAUGAUAUAUGAAGCUAAUGCAAUAGUGUCUUUUUGACUCAGAAUCCUGUUCAACCAGUAGUUAUGAGCAUCAACUGUGAAAUCCGCGUAUCCAGUAGAGCGAAAAUCAUGUUAAAUACACUUUGCCGAGAUGGACAGUCAUUCUUGCUU